UUCCAAUUUUCUUUUCCCUAAAACACUCAAGUCUCCUUGAAUCCUUUGUAUCCAAAGCUUGGUUUUCAGACAUUCAAACCCAUAGAUUUUGAGAACCUAAUCAAAGCUUGGGUCGAAGUUGGCACAAAGAAGAAAAAGGACAUUCAAUCAGUACUGUCAAAUAGAACACUACUCCUGAUUUCCAUAUUAUAUAUGCUUUAGACAAUCUCUGUUUUCCAAAGUUAAUUUGUCAAGGAAACUGUUUCACCUCAUCAUGAUUUAUGAGAAAACCUAGCCUGCUACACGUAUAGCAGGUUGCUGCAUAAUUUGGUAACUUUUCAUUUUUUUUCUUUUUUCCAGUUCUCUUUGAUUUCCACUUAAAUAAGAGAUCAGAUCGAAGUUAGAUAUUGGCAAGUGGAUUUUGGCAAUGUCUGGCUUGGAAUCAGGUACAAGUUCUCUCUAUGUCCAUCAGCUACUCGGACCAGAACUGCAGCUGCAAAGAUCAUCGCAACCCCAACUCAACACAUCGCAACAAAGGGAUUCCAAACAGUACUCACCAGAGAAAGAAGGAACUGAUCCUGGUGCGGCCACCACCAGCUCAGGCGCAGGUACCACUUCAGGACGCAGGCCUCGAGGACGUCCAGCAGGCUCAAAGAACAAAAUCAAACCACCAAUAAUCAUUGCUCGCGACAGUCCAAAUGGGCUGAGAUCCCACUUACUUGAAAUUUCUUCCGGUUCUGACAUAGUUGAUUCAGUCUCAAACUAUGCAAGGCGCCGUGGGCGGGGAGUUUGUGUACUUAGUGGAACUGGGGCGGUCACAAAUGUUACAUUGCGGCAACCAGCUGCUCCAGCUGGAAGUGUCAUAACACUCCAUGGGCGGUUUGAGAUUCUAUCUUUAACUGGGACUUCUCUUCCACCACCAGCGCCUCCAGGAGCUUGUGGCUUGACCAUUUAUCUUGCCGGUGGUCAGGGUCAAGUGGUUGGAGGGAGCGUGGCGGGUCCAUUGAUGGCUUCAGGUCCAGUUGUAUUAAUGGCUGCAUCAUUUGCACACGCAGUUUAUGACAGGUUACCUCUGGAGGAAGAAGAGCUACCAGUGCCGGUACAACCGACGGCUUCACAGUCGUCUGGAGUGACUGGGGGUGGUGGAGGGCAGUUGGGUGAUGGAGGCAGUGGUGGCGUGGGUUGUGGCGCUAGUGCAACUGGUGGUGGAGGUGUUCCUUUCUAUAAUUUGGGAGCGAAUCUAGGAAGUUAUCCUAUUCCAGGUGAUGUGUUCGGUUGGAGUGGUACUGCAACGAGGCCUUCCUUCUAGUUUUCACGAUGUAUCUAAUAAUUUCUAGAAUCAAGAGCAAUGUUUAUAUGGUUUGGAUUAGUUUUUCAAUAUCAUAGGAUUAAUAUUGAUGUUAUGAAGAUAAGUCAUGCGGGGUAUCUCAAUUUUGGCCCUCUCUAAGUUGAAGAAGAAGAAGUAAUCAAGAGUUUGAUCGAUGGUACUGCUAUUCAUGAGUAUUGUGAUUAGUAUACAUUUAGUUCAUAUAAUUAAUGGGAAUUGUAUAAUCAAUUAGGAAAGAUCAAAUCCUUCAAGAGGCGAAAUCGAUGGGAAAAAAUUGCUGCAAAACAAAUGAUGGAUCUCGCUUGAAGCCCGAAGAAUUAAUGAUCGAUCAGUAAGUCUGAGUUUGUACAAAACAUUCUGACAGCAUUUUCCAUCUAUGUCUUUUCCUUUUUAGGAAUAUAAUUUCUUCUUCU